CUGGAUGGCCGGGGCCCGCUCGGAAGCGCUGCCGCCGCCGCCACUGCACGCACCUGGCAUGCCUGGAUGUCCCUGCUCUGGCUGCGGCAUGGCGGGCCAAAGGCUCCUCUUCUUCACUGCUGUUGCCCUGCAGCUCCUGGGAGGGGCUGGGGGUUCCCAGCAGGCCCUCCGGAACCGGGGGGCUGCAGCAGCCUGUCGCCUCGAUACCAAGGAAAGUGAGUCCUGGGGAGCCCUGCUGAGCGGGGAGAGGCUGGACACCUGGAUCUGCUCCCUCCUGGGCUCCCUCCUGGUGGGACUCAGCGGGGUCUUCCCACUGCUGGUCAUUCCCCUGGAGAUGGGGGCCUCACUGCGCUCAGAAGGUGGAGCCCUCAAACUGGAACAGCUGCUCAGCUUUGCUGGGGGCCUCUUGGGCAAUGUGUUUCUCCACCUGUUGCCCGAGGCCUGGGCCUACACAUGCAGCUCCAGCCUUGGUGGUGAGCGGCAGAGUCUGCAGCAGCAGCAACAACUGGGGCUGUGGGUCAUUGCUGGCUUCCUGACCUUCCUGGCUUUGGAAAAGAUGUUCCUGGACAGAAAGGAGCAGGAGGAGACCAACCAGGCCCCCCGCAAAGACCCCGCUGCUGCUGCCGCCGUGCUCAGUGGAGGCCGCUAUGUGGCCCAGCCGGCUGCAGAGCCCGGCCUGAGCGCCGUGGUCCAGAGCAUCAAAGUCAGUGGCUAUCUCAACCUGCUGGCCAACACCAUCGACAACUUCACUCAUGGGCUGGCUGUGGCUGCCAGCUUCCUGGUGAGCAAGAAGAUCGGGCUCCUGACCACCAUGGCCAUCCUCCUGCAUGAGAUCCCCCAUGAGGUGGGCGACUUUGCCAUCCUGCUCCGGGCUGGCUUUGACCGAUGGAGCGCAGCCAAGCUACAGCUCUCCACAGCACUGGGGGGCCUGCUGGGCGCCUGCUUCGCCAUCUGUACACAGUCCCCCAAGGGAGUAGAGGAGACUGUGGCCUGGAUCCUGCCUUUCACCUCUGGCGGCUUUCUCUACAUCGCCCUGGUGAACGUGCUGCCCGACAUCUUGGAGGAAGACGACCCGUGGCACUCCCUGCAGCAAGUGCUUCUGCUCUGCACGGGGAUCGUGGUGAUGGUGCUGUUCUCGCUCUUGGUGGAGUAACCAUCCCUGACGCCCACUCCCCCCACAGCAAUAAGAGACUCGGAUUUACUCUG